UUUUGCGAUAUACAUUUAUCGUACGCGAUAGUUUAUAGUAUCGAUGUUUCUCGACCAAUCGACCGCCACUGUGCCACACCGUCGUCAUAACAUCAAUACAUCAAAAAUUCUUAAAAUUUUAACGCUAGUCACUAUUCAGUAUUUCAGUCGCUCGGCACUGCCAGCCGCCAGGUUAUAGGUAUACACAUUAUAUAAUAUCGUGAACUGUUUAUUUAUUUAUUUUUUCAUAGUUUCACAUUUGUGCGUCCGUCCACCAAGUUAUUUGCUAGUAGUUUUUUUUUUUUAAUUAGACUAUUUCAUUUCAACCCUGUAACAAUUUCACUGUUGGUUAAAUACAAAUGUUUAUGAUGUUCAACGGAAACUAUAUCGAUCAUACUACGAUGGCAUACGGUUUUGUGUACAUGUUACAACUUUCUGGCCAUAUCCACAUCGCACAUUAAUCAAACUCGAAGGUGCGCCUUGACAUUAUUUUGUGUAGACUUCACAACUUUCGUUCUGAAAGGUGAUAUCACAUUUUGGGAACCCGUUAUAAUCAAUCACCGAAAAAUCAUUACUAACUUCAAGUUCAUGGCACAUAACACCAUCCUCGGGGCAAAAAUUUUCGAGCGACUUCACUUUCACUAAACCAAGUUUUACUAGCAGUUCGGCAGUUCGCCUAUUCAGAAAUAAAUAUAAUUAUUUAUUAGUUCAUAAUUAAUUAAUUUAUUAUGGGUUUUGAUGAAUAUGAGACCAUACCAUCAUCUAAUGUGACUGAUCACAUGAUGGCUGGUGCCAUUGCAGGAAUUAUGGAACAUUGUGUAAUGUAUCCUUUGGAUUCUGUAAAGACUCGGCUGCAGGCAUUCAUGCCAUCUGGUAAUGUAGGGAAUCGAGGAAUUGGAACUGUCCUUUUUAAUAUGAUAAAACAUGAAGGAUAUUUAAGACCAAUGCGUGGGAUGGGGACAGUAAUUAUAGGUGCUGGUCCUGCCCAUGCUCUCUAUUUUGCAUCCUAUGAACAUUUGAAGCAAAAAAUUUCCCAUCAAACACCUUUAAAUACUACCGUUUCCUCAGGUGUAGCUGGGUGUGUUUCAACUAUUAUACAUGACGCAAUUAUGACUCCAACAGAUGUUGUUAAGCAACGUUUGCAAAUGUCAAACUCGCCAUACAAUGGUAUUUUAAAUUGUGUGAGUUCAAUUUGGCGAACUGAAGGAUUAGGAGCAUUCUAUCGUUCGUACAUGGUACAAUUGUUCAUGAAUGCACCAUUUCAAAUUGUUCAUUUCAUGACAUAUGAUUAUUGUCAAAAUUUUUUGAAUCCAGAUAAGAUAUACAAUCCUUUAUAUCAUAUGAUAUCAGGAGGUGUUGCUGGUGGGCUUGCAUCUGCCAUAACAACGCCAUUAGAUGUAUGCAAAACUUUGUUAAACACUCAAACCACAAAUGUGAGAGUUGAAGGUUUAUUUCGUGCUGUCACAACUGUAUAUACCUUAGGUGGCCCCGGAGGAUUUUUUAGAGGUAUGGUAGCUCGUGUCUUGUAUCAAAUGCCGUCAACAGCUAUAUCCUGGACAACUUAUGAAUUUUUCAAAUUUGUAUUAUUGAAGAAAUCAAACAUUUCUGAUGAUCGACCACCUCCUCCCCCUCCACCAAUAAAUUCAGCAUUGAUAAAUGAAAAAAUUACAAAAAAAACUAGCGUUCGAUGUGAUUUGCCUGUAGCCUCAAGAUCACGUAUAUAUAGUCAUUAUACAGUUAGAGAUGAUGGGUCUAAAGGUCAGCAAUUUUAGUUAUGAAUUUAAGGAAGUUAUUUCAAUUACAAGUUGUAAAUCUUACUGUUUUGAUUUUAAUGUGUUAGUAAAAAGUGUUUCUGUUCAAAAGAUCAUUACUAACUUCUUGUAAUUGUGGUUUUAAUAGUCCCAAGUCCUAAGACGAUUUUUGUGUAGUCUUCUAUUGUGUUAUUUUAGUUGAAUGUAAUACUAACUACUUUUUAAGUUAUAAUUUAAAUAGUUUUUAGUUGUUUUACAGUGUUUAUAACAAUAUUAUAGGAUCUUGUGUUUUACUAUCCAAGAAUAUGAGUUAUUACUGAUUAAAAUACUUCACUUUACAAUACAAGACAUACCCAUCUUAAAAUUUAUAGACUUGUAAUUUAACAAGUCUAUUUAUGUUUUUUAAAUAUAAAAACAAGUUAGGUGUAUUAAAAAUGUUAAAAUGUCUUUUUGUCUGUGAUAUGUUCAUUUAUUAUUAUUAUUAUUAUUAUUAUUAUUACUAUUAUUAUUACUUUUUGUUAUAUGAUAUGUUUUUGUUAUUAUAACGAUGUUCACUUUGGAGGAAAGUAAUAUCAUUAUGUUAACGUUUGAUAUAAAUUUGAAAUAAUUUUAUUUUUAUAAAAAAUUAUGAAUGAUAAAAUGCAAUGUGUAUGGUUACAAUAACAAAUAAUAUUAUAAAUAAAAAACACUUAAAAUGUAAAUGCAAGUAAUGAAAUUAAAUUGUUACAAUGAUUAAGUUUAUUCAAUAUUUUAUGUACAUCACAAGGUUUUUUACUACCAAGUGAUUACUAUUUAUUUUGUAUAUGUACAGUACCGACUAUAUUUAAUAUUCAUAGAUAUAGUUACUGCUAAAUAGUAAAUAUUUAAGAAAAUCAAUAUUUUUUCUGUAAAUUUAGUAUAUGCUUCACAAUUGACAUUUCUGUUAUCCAUUAUAUAUCAUCAAUGUAAACAACUUGUUGCUCGUUUUAAGCAAAUGUUGUAAAAAAAAAAAAUAAAUAAAUAAAAUAAAACAUACAGACAAUAAAAACACCAUUAUAAUUA